GGCGGGGAGGCGCGGGAUGGCCGAAGUGGGGCAGGAGCAGAGAGAGACACGAUGCAAACUGCUUGCUCCGUGGGGCGGGUUCACGGUGCUUUGCUAGGACAGAAAGGAAGGGGCUCCUGUUUGAUUUUCAUCUUUAAAAGUUAAGUUGGGGGGCGUCUAAUUCAGAUGACUAGGAGAGUAAAGCUCCCCACCUAUUAUUAUUACUAUUACAGCGGGUUACAACCAUUAAAACGCAAUACUCAGAAGCAAUGUAAAAGAUCUUACAGCCACAGAAAUCAGGUGGUAGGAGUGAGCGACAUGACUUCCUCUCCAAGAACACCCUCUGCCUCCAAAAGGUCAGCUGCCGGCCACGGCUCCCCCAAAUCUCCUAGUUUCCCAUCACCUCACCAGAAUGAUUGUACUCCUCUUCCUUCAAUCAACGAACGUCUGGCCUUUCUCCGCCCUUCCCGGCAACUGCUGGAAUACUACCGAAAGAAGAUUGCAGACUUUGAUGAAGAGCAUGAGGAACUGGUCCAAAGGCUGGAGAAAUAUAAAGCAUCACAUGAUGAGCAGCACAAAUUACAAUGGGAAAUGCGUCAGCGAGAAGAGGAAAUCGCAGAGCUGCAGAAGGCUCUGAGUGACAUGCAGGUUUUCCUCUUUCAGGAGAGGGAGCACGUCUUGCGCCUUUAUGCUGAGAACGACAGGCUGAAAAUCAGAGAGCUGGAGGAUAGAAAGAAGAUCCAGCAUCUUUUGGCUUUACUGGGAACAGACAGUGGCGAAGUUACCUAUUUCUGCAAAGAACCACCUCACAAGGCCACUAUACCUCAAAAGCCAAUCAAGGGCAGGGAUUCACAUGAUCGAAGUGGCAAGCAUACUUCAAAAGCAGGUAUAAAACACUGUGCCACAAAACCAGCAGAAAAUGGAGAAAAACCAGAAAAUGAGGAUAGAUACAAGAAAGAUGAGCAAACACUCUUAUUGCAGGUUGAAGCUCUUCAAGCUCAGCUAGAGGAACAGGCCAAGCUGUCCAAGGAACAAACUGAAGCAUUGCUGGAGGACAGACGGAUCCGAAUAGAAGAGUCUCUGGUCCAGCAUCAGAGGGACCAGGAGAAGAUCAAGGAGCUUACUCAGAAUUACCACAAAGUUCAGAACUUGCUGCACGAGAGCACCAGAGAUUUUCUCCAGAUGAAGUUUGACGCACGGGCAAAUGAGAAAUCCUGGAUGGCAGAGAAGGACAUGCUGCUGAGGAAGCUGGACAAAAGAAAAGGAGCACCCAAGUGGAGCAGGAUCCGGCGGGACAGCGGCCGAGGUCGGGAGGACAUCAAGAGAAGGCAGGACGGUGGCCGAGUGUCGGAGGACAUCAAUAGAAGCCAAGACAGCGGCCAGCGAGACAGUGGCCAAGGUUCAGGAGACAUCAGGAGAAGGCAGGACAGCGGCCAGCAAGGCAUCAGUCCUGGGCGGUGGGACAGCAGCCCGGAACAGUGGGACAGCAGCCCGGAACACUGGGAAAGCAGCCCAGAGCGGUGGGACAGCAGCCCGUACCGGUAUUCUAUUGGCAGAGUUUCUCCUGGCAGGAGGAAAAUGCAAGACAGAGGUGCCAAGCACGUUUCACGAGCAGAGCAUGAAUGCCGUAAACGGUACUGUGCAGAGAUUAAGAGGCUACAGGAGCGAUUAACGCAGGAACAGCGGCUAUCAAACAUGUUCCGAGAGCAGUGCGUUUCCCUGGAAGAGCAGCUGGCUAAGAUUCGAGAGGAAGGAGAUGUAGGACGAGAGAUCUUCAAGGAACGCUCAGAAAAGAUGGGGAAGCGCCUGCAGCUGAUGACCCAGCGCUAUGAGGCCUUGGAGAAACGGCGUUGCAUGGAGGUGGAAGGCUUUAAGACAGACAUCAAACAACUUCGGCAAAGUCUGAAGGAGGUAGAGCGACUGCUUUUCAAAGUGACGGCAACUGCGGGGCCAGAGCAAGACCUUGCAAUUUUGCAGGAAGUUCGCCAGGGGAAUAGGAGAACUAAAAAAAUUCAAGGGGAAUUGAAAAAUUUAAAGUCAAAGAUCUAUGGGCUAGAAAAUGAGCUCAGAGCCUGCUAAUAAGAGACACGCCGGCCAACACCAGUGGCAUGUAGAUAAAGGCCAUUGUUGCAACAGCUUUCUCGUAUCUAUAUUUUGUGACACCACGUGGAGCUUACUGUGGCUCUAGGAUGUAACUUUAUACUCCAGGACUUAAGGAACCCAUUAAACCUAAUGUGAGGUUUGGAAGGAAACUCUCUUACUUUAUUUUUAUUUUUAUUUUUUUACAUGGGUUUAGAAUUGGCUUCCUGCUUUUCUCAAUGUCAGUUUAUGCACAGAUUGAGCUGGAGUCAUUGGCUAACUUUUACGUUGCUCUUGCAGCUUGCAGGAAUGUUUUCAUCUGUUCUAAGAAUGAUGCAAUAUUCAGGCAUCUCCAGAAACCAGCUCAAGUAGAUCUCAUACUAUGUGUGUCAGUGGUUAUUAAAAAGAGGGAAGCGACUUCCCUAUGUCCCUCAGGAAUUACUCUGUAAUGGGUGGGUGACAGUUUGUUUGAAGAGAAGCCCUUGGUUACAUCCACACUUGUGGGCAGUAUUCAGCUAAAUAGUUGCGCAAGCAGAACACCUUUUACUCACACAGUGGAACUCCACACACUUCCCGCGUAUGUGCGUGCCCUACACAAUCUCCAAAUCUGCUCUGUUGUGUUGCCAGGGCAGGAAGAAAAUUAAGAACCCCAAAGAAUUUGCUUCCAAAGAAAUGCGACUCGAGUCGGGUUGUACAAGUGCUGCUUUAGUUGUGGGUCUCGCUUAGGUUUUCUUACAGAAUAUCUUCUGCUGCAAGAUAAACGCUUGAAGUGUUGUGAGGCAGCAUCAUUUGUCCCCUGCUAUAGCAUUAAACUUGACAUUAAUUUAACAUUUCUCUUGGUAAUUGUCACCAAGGCUUCCAUUUCCUACGACCUCUGCAAGCCAAAAUGCAAGUCUUAAUACAAGCAAUUGCUUGCCUUUGACCAAUAUCUCACACUUGGUUUCCAUACUUUUUCCUAGAGGGAAGUGCUUUCCAUGCAGGAAAUAUAUAACCUUCCAAGUGAUCCUAUCUGAAGUCUUAUCCCUUUUGAGGUUUCUGGUCUCCAUUCUCUUGUGGCUUUGUGUGGGUACUCAAAACAGCCAUAUCACAGUGCUGCUAAUGUGUAAACGCUAACGUGCACCUCCAGACAGAAUUCACAACAAGAAUCACUGCAGCUGGAAAGUCUGUUUGCGCCUCGUUGCUUUCUUUAAAGAAAGCCAGCAGUUACAGUAAGCAAGAAGCUGGGAAUGCAAAACAGCAGGCAGGCAGAUGGAUUUUGGUUUUUCCCCCUUAGAAAUCUGACACGGUAAGCAAGAGUAAUGUAGAUGAGACUGUUUGCACUGCAAAUAUUAAAUGUGAUGUGUUAGGUGCUCUUUGCCUGCACCGGUAACAUAAUAACAUCAAAACUAUAUUGUCAUCUGUCUUGAACUGGAUUGUAAUGAUUUGGACAUGCUUACACACAACAACACCUUGAGGAUCUCUGAAGAGCAACAUGCUGUACAGUAAUUGAACAUGCCUUAGCCGUGUCUCUUUGUAUUUUGUACCUUCUGUGCUAUACUUGUCGAUUUAUUCAAAUUUUAUAAUAAAAUUGGAGUUGAAACAGU